UAGAUUAUAUGACUCGACACUGCUAGUCGCGAGCUUCAGUCUACAAAUCGCAAUUGUCGGAGCAACUACUACGGAAAAGAAAGGCCUACAAAGCGGAAAACAAAAGAAAAAAAUUAAUAAAAUUAAACUGAUAUCAUUUAAACGGAAAUACUAAAUUGUGCAACUUAAGUUAGUUCAUUGUAAAUAUAAUGUAGAAGAAACACAAAAUAUUGAAAAUGAAAUGUAGUGGAACACAAUAACUGAAAGAGUUAAAUCGUGAAAUGGUUUCCUAUUAAAGUGUGCAUAGAAAAAAAUGCAAGUGCACUAAUUUUCAAGUAUACAAACAAACAAAAAAAAAAUGCAAUAACAACACUUUUUUACAAAAGUUGUGUGAACUAAUAAUUAUUUUCUGUUGUGCUAACUAGUGAAUUCAUUAGUUACAAAUUAAGUGAAAUCUAACUGUUAGCGUGAUAGUGUAAUUUUUUAAUGAAAUUAAGACACCGUGAAAAAUAAACGUCAACAAUCAAAGGCAAAGAUAAGCCUCACGGCCAAAUACAAAAACGACUGGACACUAAAAGCAUGGCUGAGAAAAAUUUUAUGUACUAAGAAUCAAUGGGCCAACAAUUAACUUUGUGUGUUUAAUGCUAAACUCUAACUGUUGUUGAUAAAGAACUUGCCAUUCUGUGUUGUACAUCGAGCAAAGGUGAACGGUUCCGAACCAGCCCCACCGUCUACGUUCAGUUCGCAACGGCGCUUCCACAGUGGAAGUCGUCUAGAAGAACUUUUGGCAAUUAAAAUAAUCGCGAUCAAUACUAAUUUUGGACUAAAUAUUCACAAACAAAACAGACAAAAUGAAUAGUCUUGUAAAGGUUUUCAGCAACUUUAGAGAGUUCUACAAUGAAAUCAAUGGCGCUACACUCACCGGCGCCAUCGAUGUGAUCGUUGUGGAACAGCCAAAUGGCGAAUUUCAGUGUUCACCUUUUCACGUGCGUUUCGGCAAAUUGGGUGUGUUGCGGAGUCGCGAAAAAGUGGUUGAUAUUGAAAUAAAUGGCGAACCUGUUGAUAUCCACAUGAAGCUGGGCGACUCUGGUGAGGCAUUCUUCGUAGAGGAGUGCCCCUUAGAGGAUGCUGAGGAGUUGCCGGAGAAUAUGGCCACCUCCCCCAUACCAAGCAGUUAUUUUCCCAGCAAAUAUGCCAAUGAUACUUUGGAAGAUGACACUCUCGAAGGCACAACCAAAAUCGCUAGCGAUGACAUUCAACUGCCGCUGCCAUUGCCGCGUCGUAAUUCCAUUGACUUUUCAAAAGAGACCGUAAAGGAAGAUCAGGUGCCGAAAUUUGAGAAUCAAGUCUCAGAUUUUAGUCACAGAAGACAUACAGACAAUACUUUGGAGCGCCGUAACCUUAGCGAAAAAUUGCAAGAGUAUACAACUCAAAAAUUGCGGCAGGAAUGGGCUGAACAUGAAGAGAUAUUCCAAUUUGACGCCGUUGAAAAGGAUAAGGAUUGGAGUAACAGCACGCAAACCGAAAAUAAAUCUCAAUCAAGAUCUAGCACGGCUGUUGUAGCCACUACAACAACAACAGCAACGGCUUUUAAAGCAAGCCCGGCUAUAGCUAUACAGCCAGCUGCUAAAGAAGAGCUUGAGCCAAAAGAGAACAAUGCAAAGUCAGCUAACUCAUUGACGAUUUCCGCCGCCGAGUGCAUCUCCAAUAAUGCUAGCCUGAAGGACGAAUCCAAGGGUGGUAAGAAGAAGCGUCGCAAGAAGUCCCAAAUGAAGAAAAAGAACGCGCAACGUAAAUCUUCCUCGAGUAGCUCAAUUGGUAGCACCACAACAGUAGAGGGUGCCAAUGGCAGCGGCAUGAAUGCCGACGAGGGCGACGGCAUCUCCAUUUCCAACAAUACCAAUUCAUCAUCGAACGAGGAAAUCGCCACCGCAAAGUCAAACAACGAUCAGCAAUCGGCGCCACUUGUUUCCGUCACGGCUGGCGAUGAGAGUCCCAUCAGCGAAACGUGCCAAACAUUACCCGCCACGCCAAGCACACGCAUUCCCGAUCUGGAUAUACAUUUCUUCAGUGACACCGAGGUGACUCCAACUGGGGGAGCGAACGGCUGUGUGGGUCGCGGAUCUGGUCGCCCCUCUACGCCUAUACAGAGUGACAGUGAAUUGGAGAUAUCGCUGCGCGAGAAGGACGUUGAUACUGAAAUGAUGUCCAAUUCGGCCUCAUGGAAGUGGGGCCAAUUGCCCACACCCGAGGUGAGCGACAAAGGUGAUGGCUGUGGUGAUCAGGCGGCACAGUCGCAGGCGCAACGCAAUUCCAUGCUAAGUGGAAUGUUUAAUUUCAUGAAGAAAACAAAUAAGAUGCGUAAGCAAGCUACAGAUGGCGGUGUGUAUUUGUCGGAUUUGGACGCUGAGGGUAUGGAUCCUGAAAUGGCAGCACUGUAUUUUCCGCAACCACUACUCUCGAAGCCUACAAGUCAAGCGACAGCAGACGCUGGCACUACCAGCAACACUUUACUCCACUCCGGUGAUGAUGAUCGCGAAAGUGGCAACGGUACGAGUUUGCCGCAUUCACCCAGUUCCAUGGAAGGCCAGAAAAGCAUCGACUCGGACUAUGAAGAUGGCAAGCCACAGGACGCAAAAUACCUAGACUUUGUGGCGAUGUCUUUGUGUGGCGUAAACGAGAAGGGCGAGCCAUCGGAUGAGGAGUUCGAUCAGCACUUAAUCAAGUAUUCCGAUGUUUGCGAAAAUCCCAGUCUGUUCUCGUCACCAAAUCUAGUUGUACGCCUGAAUGGCAAAUACUAUACCUGGGCGGCUGCAUGUCCAAUUGUCAUGACCAUAAUAACAUUCCAGAAACCAUUGACUAACGAUGCCAUUGAGCAGCUUAUGAGUAACACUAAGCAGGACGUGGCGGCGCUUAAAAUCGAGCCAGAUGGCGGCGCGACUGGCCCUAGCGCGCAAUCGAAACGAUCCUGGUGGAACUGGAGGCGCUCACAAGUAGGAGCUGUAGCCAGUUCUAACAAAAUUAUCAAACCGGACGAUAAGAUUGAUGAGCGAGAUGCCGACCAGGCUGCUGUGGCCACACAAACAACACGUCCAAACUCCCCAGACAUUAGUGAGAACACACUAAGCAAAACUGAUUCAACGCUCAAUGCCGAAAACACUUCAGCUCAGGUCGAGAACUUGGAAGACUUAUCGCAAGCGUCUUCGAAAGGAGAAGAGAGCACCAGCAACGGUAAUGAACGCUACAAGAAGAGUUUGCGACUUAGCUCGGAAGCAAUUAAACAAUUGAACUUGAAAGAUGGUAUGAACGAAAUUGAGUUCAGCGUUACAACCGCCUACCAAGGCACCACGCGCUGCAAGUGCUAUUUGUUCCGCUGGAAGCAUAAUGACAAGGUCGUCAUUUCCGAUAUCGAUGGCACAAUUACCAAAUCAGACGUGCUCGGUCAUAUUUUGCCAAUGGUUGGUAAGGAUUGGGCUCAAUUGGGCGUGGCACAAUUGUUCUCAAAAAUCGAACAAAACGGCUAUAAGCUGUUGUAUUUGUCGGCACGUGCCAUUGGGCAGUCGCGUGCUACACGUGAAUAUCUACGUUCCAUACGUCAAGGCGAUGUGAAGCUGCCCGAUGGGCCCCUCCUACUGAAUCCAACAUCGCUCAUCUCGGCAUUCCAUCGGGAAGUGAUCGAACGCAAACCGGAGCAAUUCAAAAUUGCUUGUCUCUCCGACAUCCGUGAGCUCUUCCCCGACAAGGAUCCAUUCUAUGCCGGCUAUGGUAAUCGCAUUAAUGAUGUAUGGGCCUAUCGUGCUGUUGGGAUACCAAUAAUGCGGAUUUUCACCAUCAACACCAAAGGAGAGCUAAAGCAUGAGCUUACGCAAACAUUCCAAUCAUCCGGUUACAUCAAUCAAUCGCUCGAAGUUGAUGAGCACUUCCCCCCGUUGGAUCUUAAUAUCUAUGAGUAUCGUACUGACACUUUUGACGACGAUGAAGAGGAAGAUGAAUUGAAAUUCAGCGAAACAGAUGACGGCAUUGAAGAUGUAAGCGUCAGUGAUGCUGGUGAUGCUGCCAUUGACGUGGAUGCAGAUAAUGAUGUCUAUCUCGAUUACGCAAACGAAAACGACCGCACUACAGCUGAUAAAAACGAACGUAGUCUGAUAAUGAGACUAGAUGUUGGCAAGCGGACUUCCUCUGAUGGGACUAGUCACAUAGCGGUUGAGGCAAACAACUACCUAAACUAGGAAAUGAUUAUCCUUCCGGCUCCUAUGGGGCUAGCUAAUGAGUCUUCCAAUCUGAAUACAACUACCUGAAGGAAUUUUAAUAAGUAUUCUGUUUGUUAGCAACUAGCGUUCUAUUGACCUUCAUAUAUGCCUAUGUAGGCUGUUCAGUUGUAAAUUAAAUUUGAGUUUAUGGUGAAAGUAAGCAUAAAAUGAUCAAAUGAAAGUUGAUUGUGAUAAUCGUGAUUAAGUUAUAAAUACAUGUAGCUGUGAGACAUCUGGUGCCAUACAUACGGAUGUAUACAGAUGUACAUGUGUAUGCGUAUUCGUCGACAGUUUUAUCUAGAUAAGCUAGUUAAACAAUUUUAUUUUAUAUGCAGAAACGAGUACGAAUUAACGACAAGUUAUAUAGUUAUAAAUGACAUAUACGUAUGUAGAAUAAGCCUAGUCAAUUGUACGCAUGUGGAAACACGUUGAAAACGAAAUGAUAAAGAAUAAAUAGGCAUAAGAAAAUGUAUAAACACAUCUCAUCCUAAGCGUUACGCUAUGUACCUAAACUAUGUACAGAAGUACUGAAUAAUACGUGAAGUAAUAUUACAACAUAUUUCUUCAAUCAAAUUAUAA